AUGUCGCUCCCCACACACUUCACCCUCAACACUGGCGCCAAAAUCCCAGCUGUUGGAUUCGGAACUUGGCAGGCACCCAAUAAUGAAGUUGUCGGGGCAGUCAAGACAGCCCUAAAGACUGGCUACCGCCACAUAGAUGCCGCCGCCAUCUACCGCAACGAGGCGGCAGUUGGAGAAGGUAUCAAGGAGAGCGGUGUCCCACGUUCAGAUAUCUUCAUCACAGGAAAGCUCUGGAAUACAAAGCAUGACCCAAAGGACGUCGAGGCCGCGCUGGAUAAGACACUGAAGGAUCUGGGGACGGAUUACCUAGAUCUCUUCUUGAUGCACUGGCCCGUUGCGUUUGAGCCUAGCGAGAAAUGGUUCCCGAUCGACGAGCAUGGCGUCUUCAAGCUGGCAGACAUCGACCCAGCAGUCACAUAUACCGCGAUGGAGAAGCUGCUAGACACCGGAAAAGUCCGCGCGAUAGGCGUCUGCAACUUCACGGUCAACAAGCUCAAGGAUCUCAUCUCGAAGACGAAGGUGGUCCCCGCAGUCAACCAGAUCGAGGCACACCCAUAUCUCCAACAGCCUGCGCUCGUGGACUUCUGCAGGUCAAAGAACAUCCUGAUCGAGGCAUACUCGCCACUGGGGAACAACCAGACCGGCGAGCCGAAGGUCGUGGACGACGCCGGGGUCAAGGAUCUGGCAAGCCAGCAGGGCCUCGAUGCCGCCCAGCUCGUCCUUUCGUGGGGCGUUCAGAGGGGCACCGUCGUCCUGAGCAAGAGUGUCACCCCGAGCCGGAUCGAGUCGAACUUGAAGGUGGUGAAGCUGCCGGAUGAUGUCUUCCACAAGGUGACCGCACUGGAGAGGCAUAAACGCUUCAAUGUCCAGGCGAGAUGGGGCUACGACAUCUUUGAGGAGAUCGGAGAGGCGGAGGUCAAGAAGAUCGCCCGGGACGCGGGGCCGGAGAACUUAACCAAGUUCAACAUAUGA